AUGAUGGACAACGAUGACGAUUCCCCAUGGAUGCAGGAUGACGACAUGGACGUUCACCACCCACCGGGCGCCUCCACCUCUGCUCCGUCAGCACAUGCCAGUCGUCACGAGGAUCGCAUCGCCCAGCAGGAGUACAACAAGAUGGCCGCGAGGUACCAUGAUGUAAGCCAGCCAACACCAAAUUGGCCACCCAAACCUCACAUCCCAGACUGACCCCCUCCCCCCCCCCCCCCCCCCCCACCGCUCCCCUGCCUGCUUGCCUCCCUCCCUCGGCUCACCCUUCUCAGGAAGGUUACCGAGCCGGCAUCACCUCGGGCAAAGAAUCCCGUCUACAACAAGGCUUCGACGAAGGUUAUUCCCUAUCCGCACCCCUCGCCCGUCAACUAGGUCAUCUCCGCGGCAUCGCUACGACCCUCCUCGCCAUCCUCACCACGACCUCAGGAGCGAAAUAUUCUUCGCCCGUCUUGAACCACUUCACUUCCGCUGAAGAGAAGGAACGUGCUGUCACCGCACUGAGGGACGUCGUUUCAUGCUUGGGCGCGUUGAGUCAGGAGGAUGUCGUACCUGUUGAUCAAGAGGCAGAGGAACAUAGGAAGGAACACGAUGGGGACGCGGGGGAGAAUCUCAAAACGAUCGAAAGGAAUCAGAUCAAUCAGUUGGAUGCGAUGAUGCAAGGCUUAGGCGCAGCACAAGAAUCAGUACCAAGGAGUAAACCGGGUUUGGAGGAGUGCAAACAGAGACUACAGAUAGUCUUGGACGCGUGUGGAAUGGGGUCGAUACCUUUGCAUUUCAGCGAGGGCUCGGUCGAUGGGAUGACGCAGUAG